ACGAGAAAAUCAAAAACCAAACACGUGCUGUAUAUUGCGUUCUCCAAGUAAAAUUGGAUUUAUUUAAAGAUUUUAAUAAAUAUAUCGACUAAAAAUGGAGUACACGGAGCUUGAGCCGUCGGUUAAAAGGGAGGAGACUCUGGGAGUCAUCCUUUGUUGUGAGUGCGGGGUAACAAUAGCACCGAAUCCGUCUAAUAUGUGCGUCACCUGCUUGCGAAACCACAUAGACAUAACAGAAGGAAUUCCCAAACAAGCUGUGUUGCACUUUUGCAAAAAUUGCGAACGAUACUUGCAGCCGCCUAGCGAAUGGAUUCAAUGUGCUCUGGAGUCUAGGGAACUUCUGGCUCUGUGCUUGAAAAAGCUGACAGGUCUCAAAGAUGUAAAGUUAGUGGAUGCAGGGUUCAUUUGGACAGAACCCCACUCCAAACGAAUCAAAGUAAAGCUGACUGUUCAUGGCGAGAUAAUUGGAGGAACCGUAUUGCAGCAGGUGUUUGUUGUUGAAUUCACAGUAUCAUACCAAAUGUGUUCCGACUGCCACCGAGUAGAAGCCAAGGACUUUUGGCGGUGCUAUGUGCAAGUCAGACAGCGUUCAGAGAACAAAAAGACAUUCUUUUACUUGGAACAGUUGAUCUUGAAGCACAAAGCGCACGAGAACACACUUGCAAUCAAACAACUGCACGGUGGUUUAGAUUUCUACUACGCUAAUGAAAACCAUGCCCGAAAAAUGGUUGAUUUCCUACAAACAAUGGUGCCAGUUCGGACAACCAAUUCAAAGCGUCUCAUUUCAACCGACAUCCACAGCAACAUCUGUAAUUACAAGUUCACAUACUCGGUGGAAAUAGCUCCCAUCUCAAAAGACAGUGCAAUUUGUCUGACAAAGAAACAGCGGCAGCAACUGGGAAACAUCUCGGCUGUAUGCUUGGUCCACAAAGUUGCAAGCAAAAUCCAUUUGAUCGAUCCCACCACUGCCCAAAUUGCUGAAAUUUCUUCAAACGUAUAUUUCCGAGCUCCAUUUGAAGCUAUAUGCAACCCAAAACAAUUGGUGGAAUUCAUUGUGAUGGACAUCGACAUAAUCAAAGAAAAGGACCGCAAAGUUUACCCUGGACAGGGUGCUGUUUCUUUCAAGCAUGUUCUAUGCGAUGUGUGGAUUGUCAAGGCUUCCGAAUUGGGGAUCAACGACAAUCCCAUUCACACAAAAACUCACCUGGGACAUUUACUUAAAGUUGGCGAUUCUGUGCUUGGUUACAAUUUGAUCGAUGCCAAUAUCAACGAUGAAACAUUUGAAAAGUUGAGUAAUAAUGAGUAUCCAGAUGUUGUUUUGGUGAAGAAAUUCUUUGGGGAUCGCAUGUCCCGAUAUAAUCAACGACUCUGGAAACUUAAACAUUUAGCCGAGGACGAAGCCGAAGAAAGAAAGAAGAAUGACUAUCAUGAUUUCUUGGAAGAUUUGGAAGAAGAUAAAGAAUUCCGUCAAAAUGUUAACAUUUAUCGCGACACAUCAAAACAUAUUCCAAUAGAUACGACGCCUCAAGUAAAUGAUGAUUCAACUCCGCAGAUAACACUCGCUGAGAUGCUGGAGGAUCUGGUUUUGGAAGACGAUAACAUGGGUGAAGAUGAAGAGACAUAGUUUGUUUCUUCAUUGAUAAUUUGAUUAAACAAAUAGAUUUUUGAGUUUUAAAAUAAUAAUUAUUUAAAAAUCUUAUUUUAAAAAAUGAACUAACGCAUAUUAUUGCAAGUAACGCUGUUACAUUCAAAUAAAUUGUAUUUAUUGUUUGUAAAUGAAUUAUAUUUAUUUAUAAACAAGCGUUUAUACAAUGCGAUCAUGUUAUAUGUAAAUAUAAAUCGGAAAAAUAAAAGUUUUUUUUAUCAAAAGUUAUUCAAAUAAA